AUGUCGACUAUCCCCUUGCCCAUCCAGAUCGGAAGUGAAGCCAAGUGGAUCGCCUCCGCCAAAGCACACGGAGUCAAAGGGGUCAAUAUCUUCGAGCUUGCGGAAUAUGAUUCGGCAUCCAAGAUAGGGGAGGCCCAGUAUCUUGCUUUGAGGGCAGUCUGGAAGCGCAAGCAGAAGGCCCAGUUCGAUGCGAAGCUCUGGGGUCUGCAGGACAUCGAUAUCGCUCAGAAGCUGUUGAGCAAAGUCCCGCAGUGGCAGGCCUUCCUCGCAGCGGUCCCCCUUCUGGUCCCCUUGGACAAGAUACUCCCCGUCACCGACCUGGGCCGCUUUGAGCUCACCUGGUACUAUGGACAACUCAUCCGUGCAGCACCGAGUGCGCCAGAUAACGACGAUAAUCUGAUUUUCACUCCAGUCGCGAAACGAACGAGAUCCAAGACAUGGCAGCCGGACCCCGCAGCACUCCUGCAAACACCGACUAAUCCACGCCAAAGAGAUCUUUCACGGACCCAAGAGCCAGCAGUCUCCCCGCCGACCUCUUACUCUUCGGACUCCUCGAAAGACGCACAAGAGCCGGAGUCGGCCAAGCCUCAGUUAUCCUCUCCAGAGACCCCGCAGGAUGACCUGGACCGAGAUCCCACUUACGAAGAUGACAACGACGCGUUCCCCCCAGUGUCCGAUGAGAACGUUGUCAACUCCUACUUGGCUGGGUUUGCAAGCCUAGUGACCAUGUCGGUCCAGGGGGUCAAGGCCCAUUGGUCCCAGGAGCGUAAGGGGUUCAAAGUCAGAAAUGAGGGCACCAAGUUGUACGAGGCACGCACCGAUGGGCACCUAUUCUCAACUGACGGCAAACACACCAAAGCCAUCGUCGAGGUGAAACCGAUGAUGCGAGAUGCUUCGACCAGAGUGAUGAUGCAAGAGACGGCAGAGAUGGCUGCCUGGAUCCACGCAGAACCCGAUGAGAUCCAGGGUUGCGCAAAUGAUAAAAGGUUCCUUCGGCUCCUGUUCUCCAUGAAUCGGCAUGAGAUCUAUCUCAUCAUUGCCGAGUACAAUGUGGAUUAUGUGGACUAUCUCAUCAACCCAAAUCGCAAAUCCGAGUGUCAGUCUUUCCUGACCAUGAACCAGUUUGGACCGUGGGAUAUUGCAAGAGCGAAAGACAUGGAGACCAUCGGCUCGGUGAUAUUGGCUGUGACUUUGCACUUUAGUAAAAGUCUCCCCUUGAUUCAGCCUCCCCCUAGUGAGAAGAAAAAGUAG